AUGGACGUCCACCAGUCCAGCCUGGAGAGCUUGGCGCGGCUCGCCUGGAGUGACGACGAGGUGCGCGAGGCCGUCGCGGCGGGCGGCGGCAUCCGCGGCAUCGUGGACGCCCUCAACGCCCCCGGCUCCGACGACGGCGUCGCCUGCAACGCCUGCCUCGCGCUCAUGUCCCUAGUCCGCGGCGAGUCCGAGGUCUGCCAGUCCAACCAGUGGCACAUCGCCAAGGCCGGCGCCGUCGAGGCCGUCGCGGCGGCGAUGCGGCGGUUCCGGGGCAGCGUGAUGGUGCAGCUGAGCGUGCUGCUGGCGUUCAUACCGCUGGCGCUUGAGAACGCGAUGAUGCAGGCGCACAUAACGCAGGAGGCGCUGCGGGAUAUUGUUAUUGCCCUGGAUUUGCAUCCUGGGGAGGUGGACAUACAGACAAAGGGGCUGGUGCUGUUGGGCGUGCUCAUACAGGCGCUCGUGGGGGCGCGUCCGGCGGCGGGCGACGACGCGGUGCACGAUGCCAUCCGCCAGCGCGAGUUGGAGGAGGGCGUCCCCUCGCGCGUCGUCGGCGCGCUCGCCGCGUAUGGCGGCGACAGCGACGACGUGCUCUGGGCGGCGCUGUUCGUGCUGGCGGUGUUGAUACGCGACAACAGCGCGGUGUUCGGCGCCGCGGCGGUGGCGGUCGCGCGGGCGGGCGGCUUGCAGUGGGGCGGGUGGGUGAGCAGGACGGAACCGGCCUGGAUGCACAAGAUAGAGCGGCGCUCGCUAUGA